UCUGUCACCAAAUUUUCGACUGCAUCUUCUCAUAGAAAAGGUUCCAUCUCUAUUUCAUACUUAAAUUAGUUCUCCCUAAAUCAGAGAGUUAUUCAAAUUUGAAAAGGCUUCAGUUCAGAAGAGGAGAAACUAUGGAGGAUUGGGAAGACGAGCCUGUUCCGGAUCUCCUGAGCAAAAAGGAGCUACUGAAGAGCAAUUGGGACGAUGAGGAUUUGGACGAAGAAGGUAUUAAAGAUUCUUGGGAAGAUGAAGAUGAGGAGGAGCCUAAAGCCGAGCCACUGCCUUCUCCUGAAAAGGCCGUUAAAACGACUGCAGCAGAAACAGAAGAAAAGAAGGUGAAAGGUGUUCAAGCCACGAACAAGGCGCCUUUAGACCCUAUAGAAGAAAAACUUCGUCAGCAGAGGCUUACUGAAGAGGCUGAUUUCAAGUCUACUGCAGAGCUUUUUGGGAAGAAGGGUGAGGAGAUGACACUGGAAAAUUUCAUUCCGAAAAGCGAGAGUGACUUCUUGAAAUACGCGGAACUCAUCUCUCAUAAACUUCGUCCAUAUGAGAAAAGCUAUCACUACAUUGGGUUGCUGAAGGCUGUGAUGAGGCUGUCGCUGGCUUCGUUGAAAGGUACAGACGCGAAAGAAGUGGCCUCAGCCAUUGCUGCAAUUGCAAAUGAGAAAAUAAAAGCAGAGAAAGAAGCAACUGCUGGCAGAAAGAAGACAGUUGGGAAGAAGAAACAACUGCACGCUGGGAAGAAAGCUAAUGACGAGAAACGCGUGGCGGUUGAUAGCUACGCUAGCUAUGACAACAACGAAGAUGAUUUUAUGUGAGCGAAAGAAUACAACGCAACGAAUAUGAAGAGAAUCCUGCAGCCCCUAACAUUUUUUUUGGUAGAGUGAUUGAAUUAAGGAGAUGUACAUCGUUUUUGAGUAUAUAUGGUUUAUAAUACCUUUAGCUUUCA